GCUGGCAAUAAACGUCAAGAAGUGAAUCAACAGCUGUUGAACUUCUACCCUUAUCAUUUAUUCGGCAUUUUAACACAAAUCAGAAAUUUCUAGCACGUAUCUUCAUUUAAGUAAAUUGCAUAUCAUUCCUGGCAACUGAAGAAAUGGGCGAUAUUAAAGUUGAAUUUUCGGUACAAAUGCGAGGUGAGCAUUGUGCUGAAAAGGUGCGAAAUGUACUUCAGAAUACCAGUAAAGUACACAUUGAUGCGGCAGAAGGACGAGUCACAAUAGAAACAAAUGAACCUUGGUACAUUUUAAAGGAUAAAAUCGAGAGCACUGGACGAAAGGCUGUAUUGGUUGGUUUCGGCGGACAGUCGGCGGUUGCAAUUAUAAAUACUACCGGCAGUGACGUUGACCGCACACCAAUACAAGGAAUUUUGCGUUUUUGUGCGUUAACCAAGGAUACUGCAGGCGUGGUGGUGGAUGGUGUUGUAGAUGGCUUGGCACCUGGAUUACAUGGUUUGCAUGUGCACGAGUCAGGCGACGUAUCAAGUGGUUGUGCUUCCAUCGGCGAACACUACAAUCCACGCGGUUCACCACACGGCAGUCCGGAUAGUGCACCAGAUGCUCGUCAUGCUGGCGAUUUGGGUAACAUACGUGCUGAUGAAAAUGGACGAGCCACAUUUCGUUUUGUUGAUCCUGUAUUAGCAGUUUGGGAUAUCAUUGGGCGCUCAGUGGCGAUAACAGCGAAUGCAGACGACAUGGGAAGAGGUGGAAACGAACAGAGUCACAUUGAUGGCAAUGCUGGUGAACGCAUUGCUUGCGGUAUAAUCGCACGCUCAGCAGGAAUUAUGGAGAAUUUCAAAAAAAUUUGUGCUUGCGAUGGCGUUACGCUAUGGGAUGAAAGAAAUAAACCUAUAGCAGGUGGAGAUCGUGCACAGAAAUUAUAAAAUAAGGAAUUGGGUAGUGUUAAGCACAUAGAUAUAUCUACAUAAUAAGUAAUACGCUUGAAGUGUAAUAAUAAUAAUGCUGUGAAUUUGUUUGUUGAAGUAAUACGUACUUGCAUUUGAAAAAGUAAAUUUAUUUAAUUUCAAUCA